UUUCACAAAAAUAUAAAUGCGUUGAAGAGCUAUUUAUGUGUACAGUAUUCAUAUGUUUUUAUCCAUUAGUGUGAAAAGUGCAAGGAUGGUUUUGUAGGAUCACCCAAUCUGGGCCGGCCAUGCUAUAGAUCAUUGGCCUGUUUGCCAAUUCCUAAAGAUUAUGCUUCGAAUGACUGUGAUUCUGUGGCAGUAGAACUUGCUCAAGGGAGGACUUCAUUCUUCCACAUCGAAGGUAAAAUGGGUCUGUUUUUAUUGAGCGAUAUCCAAGUAAACCAUGGGAUGUUUGACAUCUUUAUUGCUAGCAAUGAGUAUCUUCUUAUGGUAGUGACCAACAAAACAUCAGGUGUACAGAUGAUUCACAUUAAUGAUAGCGUCAGAAUCAACAGUAACGAAGUAGAAAUCAAAACACGUCGCUCAACUAAAGUCAUGCAUCUCAAGAGCGAUAGUUCAUUCGACAGAGCCUAUUAUAAUACAUCAAUUGCAGAUAAAAAAAGGGCUGUUGACAACAAUGCUCUAACUAAAAGUGCUGUAUAUAAAACUGAAGAUGUUUUUAAAUUUUAUGAAACGACAGCUGAUGGAGUGAAUAACUUCCUUUACAUUACAUUCUCAAGAUUUGCUGUAAAAAUUAAUGAUGUCAGAGAUCGUCUUGUUGUACACUUUCAACACAAACGUCAGACGAAUCCUAAAUACUUCAUAGCAUUUGUGUCAAAAGGAGACGGGGAAUUCCAGUCUACAAUGGCUUUGAUUAAACUCAGUAAGCUCUCUAAGGCUCACAUCGAUCUAUUUGUAUUCUUUUCCGUCUUCUUUUCAUCAUUCUUCAUCUUACUGUCUCUGUGUGUGUUAAUAUGGAAAAUCAAAUUAUGGCGAGAUAAUCGUCUAAGGUUUCGACGUCAGACUAUGGAAAUGGAAAGCAGAAGAAGUCGACCUUUUGGUGUUGUCUUUGUCAUGAUUGAUCAAAAGCGCACACGGCACCAACGGAAGUCACGCCAUGGUCAUCGAAACCGUGGAGAAGCACAACAGAUGCCGACUCACCCCAACAAGCAACCACCAUCAUUUAUCACCUUAGAGCCGACCUUUGAUGACCUUGCCACAGUGUGCACAGUGCUGAUGACUUUGCCUGGAGGAGAUUUGGCACCUUCUAGAGGUUGCCUUGGAUCAUCACUUUUUAGUUACCGACCUCCACCACCCAAGAUUCAAGAUAGUCGGCAGAAAAAUGCAGAGGAAAUAAAACCCAGACUGGCUACAUAUUAUUCAAGAAUGAGGCAAGGAGCAGUGGCUAGAGGGCGCACACAUGGGCAACCUCCUCCACCACCAGAAUGGUUGUAAUUUUUCAGAUAUCAAUUUGCAUUAAAGCUGUGCUAAAAUGUAACCCUCCACAGUAACCAUUCUACAAUGUGAUGUUUAAUAUAUUGGACAUAAUUGACCAGUAUAAUUAGGUGCUGUAAAGCCCUGGUUCUUAAACCCUUUUUCUUACUGGGGUCCAUUUUUACAAUGUCGCAGUUACAUGGAGAUGCUGCUGACUUGAAAUGUCAGUCUUGUACUGUCUACAAUGAACUCACUACCCCACCCCUCAAAAAUAGAAGUACAGAAAACAUAAAAUCUUUAUGGGAUAGAUUUUUUCUGCUAUAAAUUUCAAGCUUUUAUGUUAAAUUUUCUGUAUAAUAAAAAUUAAUGGAACGUUAA